ACAUGCUACAUCUGAGUAGGAUGGUUAAGAUUAGAGAUGCAAAACAACUUAACAGUAUCGUAUUAUUACUAUUAUACUGACAUAACAUUAUAAUGCCCAUGCCAUAGUCGUAUUCUCUGGUAAAUGAGUCAUUUAAAAUAAUUAUUUCAGCCGUGAAGAUUGUGUUGUUUAUUGUGCGCUAAAAAUGAUUUCGGGAAUAAAUAUCAUUUCCUUAUUUUGGGUGCUGUCAUCAAUAGCAAUAUUUUGCACUCAUCUCCUCUUGACGCUGAGACAGGACAUGAAUAAUAUUCUUAGCUUGUUGAAGAAUUUAUUUUUGUUUGGUAAGGUAAAAAGUUUUCACAACAUCAAGGGCGAACGUCACUUGACAACAGAAGAUUCAAAUCCAUGGUUAACAACAAUACCCAAAAGGUAAAUUUUAACGACGUGUAGUGCACAAGAUACACGUCCGGCGACUUGUCACGUGACCACCGGACAUGGCCGGACGGCUAGUAGUUUUUAUAAUUCCAAACGAAGUACGAUUUAGUACAUCUUGUCUGGUCUUGUGGUAGAGUGGUUGCUUGAUGAUAGGAAUGUUUGAGGAUCUAUACCGGGGAUAGGGUCAUUUUUUUUCUUCCCAUUUUAAUUAAAAUAUUUUGUAUAUAUUUAUAUUAUCAUGUUCCUCAGCAACAGUAGUUUCAUGAGAAGUUUUUAAAUAUUUUGUAGCAAUUGAAAUAAUUUAAAAUGAAAUCUUUAACUUUUAUUGGUUGCCACACUGGCCCCUAAUUUAUUUUAUGGAUUACUGGUACACAAAAAAUAACAAACCAAACUAAACAAAAAUGUUUACAAGCCACUUUCACUUAAGUUUCUUUUUCUAUUAUUUGCAUUCAAGAUACUCAGUACAUUACUUGGUAGAGAAAUAGAUUUUAAAAUUAACAAUAGUUUUGAAUUAUUCGCAGUCACGUGACAAGGCUGACCGACAAGAUAUCUCUCGCCACUUUGUUACGGCGGUCAUGUGACUUGGUCGCCGAACACACAGCAUGCCAAAUUUUAAUUGACUUGACUCAACUUGACUGUUGACAAAUUACCUAGGCCUAGGAGUAGUUUAAGUUUAACUUUUAACAGAACUUUCCACUUAUUCUUAGUUCUUUUAGCAUAGUUGGUCAAUUUCCGCCAUCCGCACCAUGUAAAUGUAAUGUGUAUGUGUAGGAUUCUCUCCCUUUUGUUAAUCUUUGUAUUGUUACUUGAGUUAACUUUCUAGUAAAUGCAAAGAGAUGUCUCCGUGACGUAAUACAUGGCUGCCAUCUUGGCUGCCACGUCUCGUGAACUUAUAUAUAUUCAUGGGUCGCAGCAACCAAGACGGUGGCCGUGUAAAAUUAAAAUAUAUCACGUUUGAUAAAAUUAAGAAUAAAACAUUAAAAUUCAAUAUGUCCUCUGGUUCAUAAAUUUGGUGGUGAAUGUAGCUACUUUAUUGUGUCCGUCUAGAUAUUUGGCAAGAAGCGGUUGCCCCUUUCCUCGCCUAAUUCAGUCGGUACACACACAAAAUAUAUCACUGUCACUAAACCUACCCUGAACCCUAAAAUUUAUCCCUAAACCUAACCUGAACCCUAAAUGUAUCCCUAACCUGAACCCUAAAUGUAUCCCUGAAGCCUCAAUUAAAAGACACAUUGCACUUACACACUGUGGCAAGAAAACUAUCAAAAUGAAGAAAACAAAAAUUAUUAUAAAAUAAAGAAAUAAUGAAAACCCAACUUACAGUUUCAUGAAAUACAUUUUUACACAUUUUAUUUCCAACGAAAAGAAUAUCCAGAAAAUUAAUAAAAUACAAAGCAUGUCCAUGCCAAAUUCAUUUUCCCCAUUUUCAAAUAUGGCAAAAAAAAAUUAAUAUAAUUACCCAAUCAAUGAAAUUUAAAAUUAUAACUAAUUUACCAAUAAAAAUUUAAUUAAAACAUGCCAUCCUCAUAUUAAGGAAAAUGUAACUCUAUUAACAAAAAAUUAAGGUGAGUGAAUCCAAAACAGAAACUUAACAAAAAACAUGUAAAUGGCGUCAUGGCGACAUCUGUAUGCAUUAGCCAACUUUAAUACAAGGAUGGAAUUUUUUUACAUUUUAUUCAUUGGUUAAUUUUUGAAAAAGUGGUUAAUUAUUGUAUUUGAUGGACUUUCUGACAACUUUUGGAUUUUCUUUUUGGUGGAACCUCAAAUAAAGUGUCUUAAAGUGUAUGCUAUGAAACUGUCAGUUACGCUUUUAUUUUAAAAAAUUGUUUUGUAUUGUUUGUUUUUAUUGAGGGAAACGAGCAUGUAUUGGCUCUAAUUAAUUGGUCGUUGCCAAAUAUCUACUAGAUGAACAUGAUAAAGUAGCUACAUUCACCACAAAAUUUAUGUUUAAUUUUAACUUAUUCGUCCUAUUUUUGUUUGUGUCGGUAAAUAGCUAAACCAGUAUGAGCUCUCCCUUUCCCCUCCUUUUGCACAUGUGUGUUUUUUACACAGCCCCAACCUUCAUUGCAAUGACUUUGAUUUUAAAAAAGAAGGGAGAGUUGCUAAUUUUGUCAGCUGCACUCUCUCAUCCUUAACUAUUUGAUCCAAUGGCAAGACUUGGUCAAGACAACUGGAAAUAGAUGAUGCAUAGAUGACCAUCAGUCUGUCUUGUGUGUUUCACUAUGCUCUUUAUACAAUCUGUGUCGCAGGAGUUGUCAGAAUUUUCAUCGUGAUGUCAUACCACCUGCGCAUUCCAUUUCCGGGUUUGAUUUUAGAGUUUGCCUUCUCUUAGAUGAGUUGCAGUCCAAGUCCAAUCAACCCGGGUUGCUGGUGAUGUUUUUGCUUUUGCUGGGAAUUGAGUCCACUAGCUUGUAAUUGACUCAGUUUAGAUCAUUCGGUCACCCAGCAUCUGACUCAUUGUGUGACAUGAGCCAUGCCUCCUGAGGUUUUCUUCUCAAAUUAUAGUUUAUGAAGCAUUAAGUUAAGGAAAGUUAUGUAGCUGGGUGAAGAGACUAAAUGAAUUUAUGAAAGAGACUAUCGUAAUAAUGACCCUUAAUAUAAAUAUAAAGAAGAAAAAAAAUUAUUAAAAUCUACCUCAAUAAAUAUAGACCAAUGGGCAUACAAAAAAGUUUUUUCUUAGGGUUGGGCAAUCUAUGCCACUUGUGGCGCAUGAGGCCUGAUGACAUGUUGAAUUGUUUCAUUGCCUUAGCCAUGAUUUCUGUUUUUAUAUGUAAAAGAAGUUAAAUGAUCAAUAAUUUAUCCAAUGUUUAGACUUAUUCAUUUUUAAUUGUGUGUUUUUCAUCUUUCAGCUGGUUUACUCAUUUCUAUGCAGUUGGAUUGGUUGUCCACAGCUUUGUGUUCAUUUUUCUUGUUUUUUGCCUGUUUGGUAGUCCGGUCUCCAACCUAAUAAGAAAUCUCCAAUACUGGGCAAUUUGGGGUGCAUCACAAAAUUCAGAGAAAAGUAAGUUGAAGCAUAUUUAAAUUGAUAAGAAGUUUCAUUAAAUAAUCAACUGUUCACCUAUUAUUUCCAUUUUAAUUAUUUUUUUUAAACUGACAAGUUAUUUAUUUUUUAUCAUGAUUACAUAACUGAGGACAAUGUCAAUCAAGUAUUACUAAGUGUAUGUCUAUUGCAAUUAAUUUUAGAUAAACCAAAUUGAAAAUGGGAUAAAUUAGAGAUGGUAAUCAGACCCUCUUAUAGUUGUUUGGGUCAAUUUACGUUCGGCAUGCCACUUUGAGCUUCAGGGUAGGAUUUUCUUCCUUUUGUUUAUUCUGGGAUUGUUACUAGAGUUGACUUACCUUUUUUUAAAAUAUGAACAUGCUGAUUGGAUGUUGUAAAUUAAUUUUUCUUUGGGUGAUUAAUUGCAAUUUUUAAAACGAGGCCAAAUUUUCUGACGUAAUGCAUAAUAGGUUUUGAUUUUUUGUUUUUUUUUGGGGGGGAACCUGCAAUAACGUGUGUAAAAGUGCUUUUGAUGUAACUGUAAGUUGGGCUUCAUUGGUUUGAAUAAAUUAAAAAUAAUUUUAGUUGAUGUUGUACAGCUAAUCCUGGCGUCAUUGCGAUAGGCUGAUUUCAAGUUGUGACCAUUAUGGGUCACAAAGUUUUUUUCCGUUAGCUAUAUUUGGUGUCAGCAUAUUGUAGAUAUUGCCAAGUAUUUGAGUUGUCUUUGCUUGCACAGCUAUUCCUGUUUUUGCCCAACUCAUAUUUAACAAUUACAUAAUGAAGUUUAAAGCUUUGAUAAGAGUUUUUAAGAAUGGGUUCAGUUCAGCCAUAAGCGGGGUGUUAGCUUGGUAUGUUCUGCUGGGGUUUGUUUUGAUUCUCAUCUCUAGGAUAAAUCCUUUUCAGUUAAGGCCAGUUUUUCUCUAUUUCACUUGGUUUUAUCGUUAAGUUUAUAUUUUCCUAUCACAUGAAGUAAACACAGAUCUUACUGGAACUACCUGAAUGGCAUCUUCUCAGAGGAAGACACUCUGGCUAAAGGUGUCAAGAACAGCUAUGUUUCUGGAGCUAUGUGAAGCACCAAAAGUCCUUAAGCGCUGGAGUUUCCCCCUGAGGUGGGAUGGCCAUUUGACAUCUGACCCAAAAGCACAGGCUAACAUUUCGGCAGUUCCAGUCAGUCUUUGGUGACGCUAGAGAGCACUCCGAGGCUGGGUUCCUUCUGAAGACCAACAUGAUGAACAGAGCCUACCCCUUCCUGGAAGAUAUCCAGAUUUCAGUGGGGGGGGGGGGGCGGUGUGCUUGCCCUCCCCAAAACCCUUAUCCCCAUGGGGUCCUGACACCAUCAAUCUGGGUUCCUUCUGAAGACCAACAUGAUGAACAGAGCCUACCCCUUCCUGGAAGAUAUCCAGAUUUCAGUGGGGGGGGGGGCGGUGUGCUUGCCCUCCUCAAAACCCUUAUCCCCAUGGGGUCCUGACAACAUCAAACCACGAGUGAUCAAAGAAAUGGCUCCUGCACCGAUGAUCCUCUUCCACUCAUUACUGUGCACAGGAAAUGUUCCAGCAGACUGGAGAAACACCUUGAAAGCCAAAAUAUACUCAAUGACUGUCAACAUGGCUUCCGAUUCAAUAGAUCAUGUGAGACCCAGCUCCUUCAAUUUGUAGGAGACUUGAUGACCCAUCUGGAGAACAGCAAGCAAACUGAAGUGCUGGUGAUGGACUUCUCAAAGGCAUUUGACCGGAUCAAUGAUGGUUUGCUUCUACAUAAACUUCAGAGAUAUGGUAUUCAAGGCACUACUAAAACAUUGAUCUCUAGCUUCCUCAGCAACCGAUGCCAGGCAGUAGUGGGGGACGGUACAAGCUCCUCCUUUGUCAGAGUUAAGUCAGGGGUCCGAGGUCCCCCAGAGGUCGGUGCUAGGUCCCUCUUUAUUCCUAUCAUACAUCAAUGACCUACCCGAGAAACUGACAUCCCAAGCAAGACUUUUUGCAGAUGACACAGCGGUGUAUAGGACGAUCGCCAACAGGUAUGAUCAGGACCAGCUACGACAGGAUUUCAAUCAGUUAGCUGAGCGGGAGAUGAGCUGGGACAUGGAAUUUCAUCCUGCCAAUUGCCAGACGCUGUCAGUCUCUAUAAGUUGUAAUCCUCUAAGUCACCAUUACGAAGUGCAUGGCCAUAUACUUGAGCCAGUUUCCUCCGUAAGGUACCUGGGUGUUGCCAUUCAAAGAGAAGUCCGCUGGGAUGAGCAUUAUAACAAUGUGUACAACCAGGCAAACAAGACCCUGGGGUUCUUUUUUAUUUAAAUAGAUUUAAGAACAUCAGAGCGCUGUGAGCAUGUUAAAGUAGCAUGGAUACAAGCGCUAUAUAAUUAUUCAAUUCAGUAAGAAAGAAAGAGCAUGUAAAGCCUUUGUCCGGCCGCUUUUAGAUUAUGCAUCUUCAGUCUGGGACCCAUUUACCCAGAAAAGCAUUGAGAGGUGGAAGGCGGUUCAGCAACAGGCAGCCCGCUUUGUCCUGAACCGCUACAGGAAUAUCUCUUAGUGUUGGCAGCAUGCUGGAAACACUAGGCUGGUCACUAUUGGAGGAAUGAUGAAAACUAUCCAGGCUCUCCAUGAUGUACAAGAUAACUACAGUGGAACCUCUCAUAACGAGUUUAAUUAACUCCAGACUCUUACUCGUUAAACGAAGCAAUUUUUCCCAUACUAAUUAUUUUCGUUGCUACUUCAUAGCUGUAAGAAUAUGUUUUUUCAGAUAGUCUAAGGCGACCCCUGGGAAAGGGCCGCGCUACCCCCAAAGGGGGUCACGACCCACAGAUUGAGAACCGCUGGACUAAUGCCCCGGCUCACUAAUGAAUGUCAGGAAAAAGGAACUUACCCUUUCUGCGUCAUGCGUUAUGCGAAUAUCGCUCAUUAAGGGAGCAACUUCUUCACACUUUAUUUUUUACUCGUUAUGCAAAUUUCUCGUUAUGAGAGGUUCCACUGUAAUGAGCUGGUCCACUGCUCCAGUACUAAACAGAAACUCAUCCCUCUCCCCCAUAGAUAGCGAUGAGGCCAUGACAGGCAGUUCCGGCUCAUACCAGGGAGAAGCCAGUAUAGGAACUGCUCAUUCCUGCCAAAAGGAACAAUUGAGGCGCUAAUACUUGACAAAUUUGCGUCUAUUGCCUCGGGCCUUACAAUCUCUAGUUCCUGAUAACCUCACUAAGUAGCUCUUGCAACCAGUGAAAUAUCCUCAUCAACACCAGGCACAGAAACAUUGCAAAUCCCCUCUACCUGCAUAAGAGCCAGAACGAUCAAUAAAUUGAUCGUGAGCCCUUAACAAAAAUUAAAUAGAAGAAGAAGAGAAGAAGAAACGUAGCAAUUACAAAAACACAAUACCCUCAACAGUUUUAUUUUAAUUCCUCAGAUUUUAAUGACAGUGCUCUUCCUGUUCUUAUUGUGUUCACAACAGAAUGGUUUCAAAUGCUCAGACGGCUCUAUGAAUGUCUAUUCAUUAGCACAUUUUCAAAAAGCACAAUGAGCUUUGUUCAUUACUUUUAUGGCAUAUUUUUGUACAGCUCCUUUGGAAUAGGGCUCUUGAUAUCUAUACCUGUGGAAAAACUUACAUUUUCAAGUGAGUCAAAAUUUUUAAAUUAUUUAAAAAGAUGUGUCCUAAACAGAAACAAAUUCUAGUCAGGGAUAAAACUAUUUUACGUAUAUUAAAGUUGUAUUAUAUUAAGUUUCUUAAGUUAUAUGAUAUAAGAGACGGUAAAUUAUUUAGAAUACUUUUUUAAAAACACUUUACCCAUCCUAUAUUCUGUAUACAGAUUAAUAAAAUAAAAAUUAGUUUGGAUACGUUAAGUAGCCAACAAGUCUUGUAAAUAAUGAAACUUGAUAGGAAGAUAAACAAAAAAAAGUUAGAUAUUUCCCUGUGACUGAUUAAGUACUCAGGAAACGUUUGUAUCAGGAAUAAAGUCCUCACUUAAAACAAAAAAAAUCUCAUAGGGACCAACUGUAACUGAAUCUGAUGCCAGCACUUGGAAUCACUUGCACAAAAACCAAUGAACUCUUAAUAAAUAAUGCAUAAAUAAUGAGUUUAAUGUUCCCAUUGAAAUAUUGCUUCGGUUUUAUUGUUAACUUAAUUCUGAUUCAAAUUCUUUCAGCCCCCAACCUUCUUGAAAGUGUGCGUUACAUCCUAGCUGUCAUAUUAUUUUUAUGGGCCUCCCAUUUCCAGCACAAGAGCAUGUUAACGUUUGCCGCAUUGAGGCUUGAGCAGAAAGGUCAAGUACAUUUUAAUUCAGCUGUUUGAUGAUAUUAUUACAAAUCUAAAGGAGUCACAGUUUUGGGACCUUAGCCUUAUAUACAGCAUGCAUUGUUUUUGGUUGUUUAGAAAAUUAGAUUUUAUUAAUUUAAAAUAUUUAAUAUUGUAUUAUUCAAGUUAAGUUAGAGUUUGUAAUGUGAAAAAUAAAAAAAAUUCUAUCUCGGAUAUCCUCCAUGUAUUUUCUUGUGAAUUUCAUUUUUUAGAUUUGGUAAAAAAAAUUUUUUAAUUUUCUUUUUGGUGUAAUAAACAUCAUGGUUUUUAGGUUGCCUUAAAUAUCAUAGCUGUCAUGUCAUGUCAUGUCAUGUCAUGUCCAGUGUAUGUGUGGAUGAGGGGGGUUUAGUGGCAACCUAUAACAUUACCUCAACCUCUUGUCAAUUUUGGUAACAUUUUUAAAAAAAGCAACCUUUUAAAAUUUGUUAAACUCUGUUUUUAUGUCAGGGAAUUAUUUCAAUAAAUAAUUCAUUUCAAUUCUGUAUUUCAGAUAAAAAGCCAACUGGUCAUUUCAUUCCCCAUGGACAUUUGUUUGAACUCGUCUCAUGCCCACAUUUCUUGUGUGAAAUCAUCAUCUACAUAAGCCAUUGUCUGGUGUUCAAGUUCAGCAACGUCUAUUUAAUCUCAGUGGCAUUGUUUGUCUUGGUCAACCAGACCGUCGUAAGUGUAACUGCUCAUAAGUGGUACAGGGAAAACUUUCCCAACUACCCACCAUACAGAAAGGCCUUUUUGCCAUAUCUUUGGUAAACUCAAAACUCAUAAUAAGUUGCUAAUGUUGUUUGUGCCAGUUUACUUCACUAUCUCAGUCUGAAACAUUUUGUUAUUUGCUACCAAAUUUUGUAAAAUUGUCUUGUCUGAGAUUGUGUACGUGAAAGAAGUAAUAUGAAUGUGUGAGAUUGUGUAAGUGAAAGAAGUAAUAUGAAUGUGAAAAGGAUUUUAAUUUUGUAUGUUAUGACGAUGGAGAAUAAUUCUAACAUAAAUACUUAUUAGAAGCACACAUGCCAAAGUGCCUUCCUUAAAUAACCCGAAGCUAAUUAAAAUAAAUUGUGUAAAUACCUCCAUGCUAUAAAAGUUGUAGAUAUUUAUUUCUGGCAUAGCUGAAAUGAGUUAUUAUUGUUUUUAAUUUGAUGCUAAUUCUUUGGCAUUAAACUAAAACUUUAGAGCAAAGGUGUCAAACUCAGUCGCUCGGCAGGCCGAAACUCUAAUCAUAUGCAUGGUUGUGGGCUGAUCAGGACAAAAAUUCAAUAAGCGGAAAAUUUAUGUUUUUUUAAAAACAUUUAUAUAAAUGAAAACAUAAAAAAGUUUUAAAAAUAAAAAAAAUCAUUGGCAUGCCCAUUUUCGUUCUUAUGCCAAUUUGUCAGAGCCAGCUGGAUGUUUGGCACAUUUACAUGGCUACAAAAACAAGUAAGCUUGUUCAUGCUGGGGGGAAAGUUCUGUGUCAUUGAGAUUUUCAUGGUGGACUGCAAGUGUUCAUCAGUGAGACGAUGCCUGUGUGAUGUUUUGUUAAUGUUCAUCACAGAAUACAGACGCUGACACAUAUAUGUACUACCAAACAUGCUCAAGGUUCGAGCCGCAUAUAGACGAAGCUGAGGCAUCUCUUCAGGAAUGAAACGAGUGAACUGUGCAGGCCCAACUGUGUCGUAAUUUGCCUUUAGUGUCCCAUUACAGUGCAGCUCUAUUAGCUCCAUCUAUUAGCUCCAUCUGCAAAUUUACAGGUGCAGUUUCCACGUCUAUGACAAAUGGGUUACAAAAAGCUCGUAAUUACAUUUCUGUGCUUCAAAGUCACUAAAGCGCCAUGCGAACUCGACGCGAAGUAAGCUAAGUUUUUCAGCAAAGUGUGCAUUGGGAAACAUUAUAGUGUUGACUUGGAUUACUGUACGCCGGUCAAGACCUCAUGGGCCUGAUAUAAUUGUACGAAGGGUGGGAUGUAGCCCGCGGGCCUGGAGUUUGACACAUGUGCUUUAGAGAAACCAAUUAUUUGCUAAAUAUUGUCUGUUUGUCAAGUAUGUCUUACUUUCCAUCACAUUUCAAAUGUCAAAACUAUUCAUUGAAAUUUAUUGAAAGUUAAAGAGUGUACGUUUUCUUAACUUCACUGAGUGAGACUGAUUAUCUGAUUGGUGUUAGUUGAUGUCAGAACAAAAACAUGUGAUUCUAAUUUUUUUGCUGGUAGGUAUCAUGAGUUGUGGGACCUUACCCAAGGGCAUUACAUUAAAAUGGUGAUCUCCCACUCACUCAUACAUUGGCAAUUGUCAUAUUAUCCUACAUAGCUAAUCUUUUAUAUGUAGAGUAUCUACGUGUUUACCAUGCCAGGCUCAUUUCCUAGGUAAAUAUGCAGGAGCUGACUAAUUCUCAGACUUGGUUAGGACCAGAUGGUUCUAUAAUUUAUAUCCAAGAAACUAAACCUGAGUGUACUAAGCCCUGGUGUUAAGUGAUUUUAUUUGAUAUGAUGUUAUCAUGUGCGUAAUCCCACCACCAGAAACUAUGCAACAUUGUAAACUUUUUGCUUCAGUAGAAACCUGGUCUAACAGACAGGUGAUCACAUAAGUGUUCUACCACAAGCACAACAUUUCAGUAGAAACCUGGUCUAACAGACAGGUGAUCACAUAAGUGUUCUACCACAAACACAUCAUUUCAGUAGAAACCUGCUCUAACAGACAGGUGAUCACAUAAGUGUUCUACCACAAACACAUCAUUUCAGUAGAAACCUG